GCCUUCUGCCGGCGCUGACUGUGGCCCUAACGAUGACCGCCAAACGGUUGGCCGCGAAGAACUGUUUGGUCAAGAAUCUGGAAUCGGUGGAGACGUUGGGCUCCACGUCCACCAUCUGUACGGAUAAGACCGGAACACUAACCCAGAAUCGGAUGACUGUCGAGCACUGUUAUCUCGCUGACCAAGUGCUCAAAGUAAGCCACGAUCGGUCGGAAGUGGCCGAACAGAUGUCACUACUAGCCGAGUGUUGGCAGGCGUACAGCCGGUGCUGCCAACUGUGCUCUCGGGCCGAGUUUGUCGACCCCACGGACACCAACGCCGACAACAUAAUGACCCGCCAGUGUUCGGGCGACGCCUCCGAGACGGCUAUAUUGAGGUUCAUGGAGUCGACCAUAGGGUCGGUCGGCGAGUAUAGACGUCAGUACCCGAAAGUGGCCGAACGGCCGUUCAGCUCGUCCUACAAAUACCAGUUCUCCAUACAUAAGAACCCGACGCCCGGCGCCGAUGGCACGGAAGGCAACUUCUUUCUGGUGAUGAAAGGAGCGCCCGAACGCAUACUCCAGAUGUGCGGCACUCAUAUCGCACCCGACGGCCAGACAGUGCCCAUCGACGAAGAAUUUGUGUUUGGCUUUGAGGAGACGUAUCGCGAUUUGGGUUCACAGGGACUCCGAGUGCUCGCCCUUUGCGACUACGAGUUCACGCAAUUCCCGGCAAACCAUAGAUUCAAUUUGGAUGAAGAGAUGGGCUUUGAACUGAAGAAUUUGCGUUUUGUCGGACUCGUCGCUAUGAUAGACCCGCCCCGACCUACCGUUCCCGACGCUGUACGCAAGUGCCGCAGCGCCGGUAUCAAAGUGAUCAUGGUCACCGGCGAUCACCCUAUCACCGCCCAGGCUAUCGCCAAAUCCGUUUGCAUAUUCUCUCACUCUCACCGGCGCUCCACUCGUAUCUCAAUACUGGCCACAGACGGCCAGAUUCGCAACAACACGGCCUCCAUUGUAGUGCCCGGAGAGGACCUCUUGGAGAUGACGGACCCGGAGUUGCGGGAAGUGCUCAACGAUUACCAGGAGAUUGUGUUCGCCCGG